AUGUCCGACAUCGACCAAAAGGCGCUCGCCGACAAGGCGCAGCUCAAGAUCGAGAAGCGAAAGCGCUUUGAGCAGGUCUUUCCCCUCCUCGUCGACGAGCUCACCUCGUACCUCGAGUCCGAGCAGAUGCCCGCAGAGGCAAUCGACUGGUUCAAGCGCAACCUCGACUACAACACCCCCGGCGGAAAGCUCAACCGCGGCCUCUCGGUCGUGGACACGGUCGAAAUCAUCCUCUGCACCGACAACGCCACCGGAAACCUCACCCGCCAGCUCACCGACACCGAGUACCUCAAGGCCGCCAUCCUCGGCUGGUGCAUCGAGCUCCUCCAGGCCUACUUCCUCGUCGCCGACGACAUGAUGGACCAGAGCAUCACCCGCCGCGGCCAGCCCUGCUGGUACCGCGUCGACGGCGUCGGCAACAUUGCCAUCAACGACGCCUUCAUGCUCGAGGCCGCCAUCUACUUCCUCCUCAAAAAGCACUUCCGCUCCGAACCCUACUACGGCAUGCUCCUCGAGCUCUUCCACGACGUCACCUUCCAGACCGAGCUCGGCCAGCUCAUCGACCUCAUCACCGCGCCCGAGGACUCGGUCGACCUCUCCAAGUUUUCGCUCAAGAAGCACCACCUCAUCGUCGUCUACAAGACCGCCUUUUACUCGUUCUACCUCCCCGUCGCCCUCGCCAUGCGCAUGGCCGGCAUCCAGGACGAGGCCCUCUACAAGCACGCCCUCGACAUCCUCAUCCCCAUGGGCGAGUACUUCCAGGUCCAGGACGACGUCCUCGACUGCUACGGCAAGCCCGAGGACAUUGGCAAGAUCGGCACCGACAUUCUCGACAACAAGUGCUCGUGGAACAUCAACAUUGCGCUGGCGCACGCCACGCCAGAGCAGCGGGCGGUGCUCGACGCCAACUACGGCCGCAAGGACUCGGCGUGCGAGGCCAAGGUCAAGGAGGUGUUUGCCGCGCCCAACAUUGACGUCGCCGGCCGCUUUGCCGCCUACGAAAAGGAGAGCUACGAGAAGCUCAACGCCCUCAUUGACGCGCUACCGGAGGGCGCCGGUGCCACGGCCGAGCACGGCGGCCUCAGGAGGGACGUCUUCCGCCUCUUCCUCGGCAAGGUCUACAAGCGUGCCAAGUAG